AUGACAAGGUUCAUCUAUAAGGCAGCAUUUUGGGUUGUGCACUCUGUGACCCAUGUGGUGUAUAUCUGCGUUCCACGGUUUAUACAGGUCUUGCUUGGGCUGUGGAAGUCGAAUGACUCGAAAGGAACCACCCAACACAUCGCAGUUGUAGCUAUGGGAGCGACCACAAAAACUUUUUUUUCCCUUGAACACAUUUCUUGUGUCUCGUAUACCGCACCGCUUUACAAUGGUCACAUUAGCACCGUUCUGUGCGCGCUGCGUCCGCCGCGGCCAAUUGAAUACACUCGGGAGAUUGUCAACGGUGUAGAUGGUAAUCCCAUCUGCUUGGACUGGCUUCUGGCGGACACGCUAACUGGGUCUGCAAAUGGCAUCCUUAUCAUUAUCCCGGGUCUUGCUUCCUGGUCACAGACAAACUACGUACAGCAUUAUGUUUGGCACGCGCACGAAAAGGGCUUUCAUUGCUGUGUUUUUAAUACAAGAGGUAUGGGCGACACGCCGCUGACGCAACCACGAAUCAUGUCUGCGACGUGGACAAGUGAUAUCCGUUGGGUCACUCACACCACUCUGACCAAGGCUGCGCUGUCAUUGAGAUUUGGAUCCGCGGCUGCAAAGGUAUGGGCUGUUGGCUUUAGUUUGGGGGGUAUCAUCCUGUCAAAGUUUCUUGCAGAGGAGGGAGAAAAAACAACCCAGGAGCACCCAUUCGACGCCGCACUUAUUAUCAAUAGCCCUCUCGAUGCGCUGGCAUCAAGUGCCAAUAUGAUGCUACCAAAGAAUGCACUAUACCAAAAGAAUUUGACGGCUGGGCUUCUGCAUUAUGUUCAUCGCCACAAGGAAGUAGUCAAGUAUCUUCCAGGUAUCAAGGAGGAUAGCUUCCGCAAAGACCCAGUUGAAUUCUUGAAGAAAAUAAAAACUGUACGGGACUUUGACAAAUACAUCAAUGCCCCUCAUAAUGGUUUCUCUAGUCCUGAGGAGUACUACUCUGCUGUAAACGCGCUUGUAACACUCCGAAGCUGCAAAAUUCCAAUGCUAUGUGUAAUUACCAGCGACGACCCAGUCACGGGUGAGCCACCAGAAGAGCAAUUGAAAGAUUUGGUCAGCGCGAACAAUUUUGUCGCAAUUCUGGAGUUUCCUUGUGGAGGCCACUUAGGGUAUAUUGGAACCCCCGCUGAUGAGUGGAGAGGAGGGCCAUCAAUAAUGGAAGUCGUCACAACAAAUAUAUGUAUGGCAUCUCAAAGAAAUGAGUUGUGA